AUGUUCCGAGGUACUCUACGGCGGUUCAAACCGCUGCCGGCCAACAAAUCCCCGCCCAUUUUUCAGAAUUAUCCGAUAAUAUCAACACAAACAACUCCUGGUGCGGACCUCUCACCGCAGGCACUGCAGGCCUUCGAGCCAAGCGAAAGAGUGGCCAAAUUCGCAGCCGAACACAAAAUUUCGUUCCCAUUCGCGCUGCGCCUUAUGCCUGGUCAGAAGGUCAAGGACUUCCCCCUCCGCGUAUCCAUCGCCCCGCGCAAUGUCUUUUCUAUGUACCACCUCAAAUACCUCGGCCCUUUUGAGCACCCUCUCAUCUCCAAAGUGUUAUACACAUACGAACAAGAGAAGAAAACGAAACCACUAUGGUGCUAUGUCCAAGGCUUCUCGACGGCGGACAACAGCAACGCCGUGGUGCGCCAGACGAGCGAGCGGGUGGUGAGGGCCGCGCUCUUCCGCGCCCUAAACGCGGCCGGCUACGACUCGUUUGGCAAGAGUUUGGACGGGUCCAAGAAAGAUCUUCGGGGAAGCAUCCGUGUCGCCGUGGCAGAGCCCAAAGCUAUCAUGAAGAUCGAGUUUGACAAGCUGCUCGGCUACCUAACCAAACUUGUGGCCAACGCUAUCCCGCGUCUCGAUGGCUCUUCUCCGGGACCGCCUCAGCGUCCCAGAAAGCCUAGCACUUCCAGGGGUUAG